GCAUGCUCCGGACUCAUCCUCUGGCCCCGGAGCUGCUGCUGCUGCUGCUGCUGCUGCUUUUGCUUUUGGGGCUGAGUUUAAUAAGCGAGCGAGAGAGCGAGCACGGGGUGGGGUGGGGGCAAAGGCAGAGCAUGUCCGCCAUCUACCCUCAGCUCCCGGGCGCGCUCUCAUUCAUAGCAGCCUCUUCAUGAAUUACAGCUGAAGGGGGCGGGGGAGGGGGGGUACCACACAACACCCCGGCAAACCUCCGGGCCCCCAGGCAUGGCUAGCUCGUGUGCCGUGCAGGUGAAGCUGGAGCUGGGGCACCGCGCCCAGGUGAGGAAGAAACCCACAGUGGAGGGCUUCACCCACGACUGGAUGGUGUUCGUGCGCGGCCCAGAGCACAGUAACAUUCAGCACUUUGUGGAGAAAGUCGUCUUCCACUUGCACGAAAGCUUCCCUAGGCCAAAAAGAGUGUGCAAAGAUCCACCUUACAAGGUAGAAGAGUCCGGGUACGCUGGCUUCAUAUUGCCAAUCGAAGUUUAUUUUAAAAACAAGGAAGAACCUAAGAAAGUCCGCUUUGAUUAUGACUUAUUCCUGCAUCUUGAAGGCCACCCACCAGUGAAUCACCUCCGCUGUGAGAAGCUAACUUUCAAUAACCCCACAGAGGACUUUAGAAGAAAGUUGCUGAAGGCAGGAGGGGACCCUAACAGGAGCAUUCAUACCAGCAGUAGCAGCAGCAGCAGCAGCAGUAGCAGCAGCAGCAGCAGCAGCAGCAGUAGUAGUAGCAGCAGCAGCAGCAGCAGUAGCAGCAGCAGCAGCAGUAGCAGCAGCAGCAGCAGCAGCAGUAGUACCAGUUUUUCAAAGCCUCACAAAUUAAUGAAGGAGCACAAGGAAAAACCUUCUAAGGACUCCAGAGAACAUAAAAGUGCCUUCAAAGAACCUUCCAGGGAUCACAACAAAUCUUCCAAAGACUCCUCCAAGAAACCCAAAGAAAACAAACCACUGAAAGAAGAAAAAAUAGUUCCUAAGAUGGCCUUCAAGGAACCUAAACCCAUGUCAAAAGAGCCAAAAGCAGACAGUAACUUACUCACCGUCACCAGUGGACAGCAGGAUAAGAAGGCUCCUAGUAAAAGGCCCCCUGUGUCAGAUUCUGAAGAACUCUCAGCCAAAAAAAGGAAAAAGAGUAGCUCGGAGGCUUUAUUUAAAAGUUUUUCUAGUGCGCCCCCACUGAUACUCACUUGUUCUGCUGACAAAAAACAGAUAAAAGAUAAAUCUCAUAUCAAGACGGGAAAGGUCAAAGUUGAGAGUGAGACUUCGGAGAAGAAGAAGUCGACAUUGCCACCGUUUGAUGACAUUGUGGACCCCAAUGACUCAGACGUGGAGGAGAACAUGUCCUCGAAAUCUGACUCAGAGCAACCCAGUCCUGCCAGCUCCAGCUCCAGUUCCAGCUCCAGCUUCACGCCAUCCCAGACGAGGCAACAAGGUCCUUUAAGGUCGAUCAUGAAAGAUCUGCAUUCUGAUGACAACGAGGAGGAGUCUGAUGAGGCAGAGGACAAUGAUAAUGACUCUGAGAUGGAAAGACCUGUAAAUAGAGGAGGAAGCAGAAGUCGCAGGGUCAGCUUGAGUGACGGCAGUGACAGUGAAAGCAGCUCCGCCUCUUCCCCUCUCCAUCAUGAACCCCCGCCGCCAUUAUUGAAAACUAACAACAACCAGAUUCUUGAAGUGAAAAGUCCAAUAAAACAAAGCAAAUCAGAUAAGCAAAUAAAGAAUGGUGACUGUGACAAGGCAUACCUAGAUGAGUUGGUAGAACUCCACAGAAGGUUAAUGACACUGAGGGAAAGACACAUUCUGCAGCAGAUCGUGAACCUCAUAGAGGAAACUGGACACUUUCAUAUUACAAAUACAACAUUUGAUUUUGAUCUUUGCUCGCUGGACAAAACUACAGUCCGUAAAUUACAGAGUUACCUGGAAACAUCUGGAACAUCCUGAGGAUACAACAACUGGAUGCAUCAAAAACUAUUUUUUUGGUUGUGAUUUUUUUUGUUAUUGUUGUUUAUAUGAAAACACUCAGAAUGAUACAACCAAAAGGGAAAAAAAUAAAAAUGAAACAACCUUCAGCUUUA